ACUAGCGAUACCGACUAGUCACCGGUGUAAGCUUUACGAGUAGGGUCACGGAGCAAGACAAUAUCGGCAUCAGAGCAGACCAGCCUUAACAACGGGUGGUUUUGUAAUAAGGUCAUCGCCAUGUCUGAAUACCUGAAGCCACCGUUCAAUGUUGCGUUCACCGGCAGCUCGUUUAUGGGAGCAUUAAACGCGGGGUCAGCGCAAUGUCUCCUCGACCACGGCAGAGAUGUCUCAAAAGAUGUCCAAGCAUAUGGCGGGGUAUCUUCGGGGUCUUUAAUUGCCGCUAUUAUGGCAAUAGCACCUAAUAGGUUACAGGAUUUUCUACGGUCUGUACAUAGAAUGGCAGAAGACAUAUCACAACUUCCCAGCGGAGCUCUAUCCAAAGGAUACGAUAUGAUAGUUUCGCUUAGAAAUGUUCUAACCGAAUUAUUACCCGAGGACUGCCACGAGAAAGCCAGUGGUAUGCUUUUUCUUUGUUUUAGUGAACUGAUCCCCGUCGAUCCUUACGCUCCCCUGACCACACACGACGUCGACCAGGGUACGAGUUCUAGUGUAUUUACAAGAGGUCCAAAGAGAUUCCAAGUGGGGCCUUAUUAUUGGCAACUCGGUGAACGCAUGAUAGCAUCGCAUUAUGCUAGCAAGAAUGAACUAAUUGAGACUUUGUUGGGGUGCAUUUACGUUCCAUGGUUCGAAGGGUGGCAACCACCGGCAAUCAACGGCAGAUACAUGGUAGACGGGAGCCUCUCACACCGAGCAAAUCUCCCAGAAGAGGUACAGUUUCCAUUCCCACCAGGAAAACUCAUCAGGAUUCACCCUAAUCCCAAGAACCAUGCUAAAAUGCGAGAUAAGAUAGCUGUUGGAUGGGUUGACACCUCCGGUCAACGAUUCGACAUCAGCCCUCUACACAUGUUCCGUGUAGGUGAUGGAUUGUUUGCGCCCCCACAGGGCAAUCUCGAGGCAUAUUAUGUCCAUGGCUACGAAGACGCUACAAGCUUCUUGAAAUUUUAUCACAGUUACGAAGAAAACAGCACUGGACUGAAUCCUCGUAAAACUCAGUACGCUGCAAUACACUCCAUUGCAGACUUGGCACCUUAAAAACCCGGCGUAGUAUGCAACACUGUGUUCGCUAUUUUUUCUUGUAUUGCGCGUCUGUCCCGCCAUAGAGAUAAACAAUCUGCUUACUUCUAUGAUGGCACGACGUUAAUUCCAUUAACUAUUUUUGCAUCGCGGUACCAGCAUUAUUCUACGUUUAUAGUUUUAAGUAUACUGUGCUCCUGAAAUGUAAAAACAAAAGAAAAAACGAACGUAUUCUUGUCGCUUGAUGGCGCUGUCUGAAUAUAAAGCUCCAAAUAGGAGGCUAAGAAUUUACUAGUACAAUGUAUUACUAGGGCAAUACUUAAACUGAGUAAAACUAACAGGCUUUAAAUGCACGAAUUCUCAUUAUGUCUUAAAAACUAUUGUAAAAUACUUUAUUUUCGCUUGGAAUUAAUUUUCGCUAUUUUGGCUGAAGGAAUGAUUCAGUGAAAAUAAAAUCCAGCGAAUAUUCCUUUUUUCCUAUAUUUUACAUUUAAAUUCAGUGAAAAUAAAUUCCAUACAAUACACCCAAAAAGUUUUUUUCACUGAAAAUUAAUUCCAGCUAAAAUAAAGUAUUAUACAGUAACCAAUGAUUUCCUAAAGCUUUAAGGUACAGUGAAUAUGCAAAACCAUUCGCUUUCAAACCAAACGAACGACUUCAAUCUUCCCAUGCAAGCGAAAGUGAGAAUUUGCAAUUGUUCAAAUCCCAAGAAAUCGACAAUAUAAAAUUUAUGUUCCGUCCAUGAGUGUUUUGGAAACUUUUGUGUAGUUAUUUUAUUGAUUCAAUAUUGUGUCGCUUUCAUCGCCGCCAUUUCCACGUGAAUAGUUAUAUUUGUCAGGUUUAUACCAUAGCUUGAUUUCAAUGCAACACGCAUAGUCUUGAUAUUACUAUGAAGAACGUGUUCAGAAUUGGCAGGGUUUAGUUGGCAUUGAAAGAUGGCGAGUUGAAAGUAUGAUAUAGUAGACAUGUUUAACUUUGUGCGCGUCUAUGUGUUUAGUUGAUUUGUUCAUAUGCAAACAUGUAAAUGUGAAAAAUAUAAAUAAAGUUGUGACAAAUUAGUUU